AUGACUGGAGGCAAAUCCGGAGGCAAAGCCAGCGGCAGCAAGAACGCGCAGUCGCGUUCUUCGAAGGCUGGACUUGCCUUCCCUGUCGGUCGUGUUCACCGUCUGCUGCGCAAGGGUAACUACGCUCAGCGUGUCGGUGCUGGUGCUCCGGUCUACUUGGCCGCCGUUCUCGAAUAUCUCGCUGCUGAAAUCCUGGAGUUGGCUGGCAACGCUGCCCGUGACAACAAGAAGACUCGUAUCAUUCCUCGCCAUCUCCAGCUUGCCAUUCGCAAUGAUGAGGAAUUGAACAAGUUGCUUGGCCACGUUACGAUUGCGCAGGGUGGUGUCUUGCCCAACAUCCACCAAAACCUUCUACCCAAGAAGACUCCCAAGAGUGGAAAGGGUCCUAGCCAGGAGCUUUAA